AGCAGAGCUGUUGGGAGCCGACCUGAUUCGCCGCAGCUGCUCCACCUGCAACCCAAGGUUCCCCAGCGUCAAGACACCUGCCGGCUCCAUGCUGGGCUCUCCCUUGCUCCUGUGGCUCUUGGCUGGGACUCUCUCCAUGGCUGCUGAGACAGGACCACUGGACAUCCAGGACCCUGAGGAGGACUCUGAGGCCACUCCUCUGCUGCCUGUGCCCUGUGACUAUGACCGGUGCCGCCACCUGCAGGUGCCCUGUGAGGAGCUGCAGCAGGCUGGGCCAGUAGCCUGCCUGUGCCCUGGGCUGUCCAGCCUGGCCCAGCCGCCCACCCCGCCACGCCUGGGUGAGGUGCGUGUGAUGGCCGAAGAUGGCCACGCCACAGUGCACUGGUGCGCACCAGCCUCACCCGUGCACCACUACCAGCUGCUACUCUGGGAGGGCACUGGGGCGCCAUACAGGGGGCCUCUGCUCAACACCACCAUGCGCAGAGCUGAGCUAGGGGGGCUGCGGCCAGGGAGCACUUAUGUGCUCUGUGUAGUGGCCAUCAACGAGGCUGGGGAGAGCCCAGCUCCUGGGCUGGGGGCUGAAGACCCUGACACAGCAGCCUUCCCUACCUUUGGGCCCUGUGGCCGGUUCUCAGUGCCUCCCAGGCCUGGUACCUUGGUGCACACAGCCAUUGGGGUGGGCACUGCUCUUGUCCUGCUGGGCUGUGCUGCCCUGGUGUGGCGUUUCCACCUGCACCGACGCUGGGGCUGCCCAAGAUGCCAUGAAGCCACUGCCUGACCCUGCAGGACAUCUUCAGGAUAGCCAGGAGCAGGUGGAAGCUGGGCUCUGCAUUGAGGGCUGGUGUUCCCAGAGGACACUGGGGGGCCAGAGAGGCAGGGGGCUCCCAGUGUCACUGCACUUCCGCAUGCAUGAAGGGGGAAUCCUGACCCCCAGAGAUUGCAGCCACCAACAAUGCCUCCCAGGGGCCGGGGAGACGGCUCAGGGGAAUAAGCGCUUCCCUGGCAAGCACAAGAGCCUGAGUUCAAUCCCCGGUUCCGCCAAAAAACAACAACAACAACAACAAAAAAAAAAAAAAAAAACCCAAUGCCUCCCAAUUCCUUAGCUGCAGCUGGCCAAACUGUCACACUCAUCUGCCUCUGUCACUCUGGUGGCUCUGUUGAGAAAGGCUUGGGCAGUGCUGGGCCCCCUACUUCUGUGAUUACCAGGCUGAGCAGACCUACAUUGGAAUUUACCUGGCCCUAGGAGGGGGGAGGAGAGGGAGGCCAGAUGCUUUCUACUGCAAGUCUGUCUCCUUGCUGUUCACAACAAAGGAAUUUAUCCCUGUUAUCCCUGUUAGAGGGCGUGAGGAGAACUGCCGCCACAGGGAUGUGGACUAACUCCCCUGGUGGGUGCAGUCUGGAAUGCAAGUUG